GUCGGUUAUUAGUGAACGCGUGGAGAACAUCCAUUCAUUUAUUUACCUACAUACCUAAACCAUAGUAUUUCAUUUUAGAAAAAAUAAAGUUUAUAAAUACUUGAAGGUUUGAAAUAAAAUCUCCAUCGCUGUACAGUUUACUUAUUUACCUUUUUUUUCGUUUUGUUGGAUUUAUUUGAGUUUAUUUGGACUUAUUGUGUACAGCAUCAGUGUAAACAACAGAAUAGAUAGAUCUGGUUUCGGGAAUUAAAAGAUGUGGACAAAUGCAAAAGAUUUGACUUGAAAAGUUGAAAAAAGCGAGCAAACAUACAAAAAACAAAAAGAUAAAAAUAAUAAAAAUGAAAGUGAAUAUUUACAUUUUAGGUAUUUUAUGUGUGACAUUGACAUUGCAACACACAGAAGGUCAAGGUGACGAUAUCGCGAAAUGGGUGGAGGACGAUUGCCGAAGAACGCUCCGGGAGGCUACGGACAUUUCAAUCAGAUCCCCGACUCCUCCGAAACUUUCCGGACACUGGACGUCAUCUAGUUGUGAGACAAGACCAGGUCCAGAGUUUGUUUUGAGGAAAUAUUUAUUUCGACGGAACAGUUUCCAGAGUCAGAUAUUUUACUAUGAGGACGAAAAUUGUCAGCGUCCCUCUCAUUCUAUUAAUGCUAAGGGGUCAGUGAAAAUUACCCGACCCUCGUGGAGGACCCCCGGGGCAUAUGAAACCAGAUAUACAUUGUCAGAUAUUUCAGUCAUUCCAUAUUCUCAAGAAAAUGCGGAACUAUUUGAGAAGCUUAUGGUGCGAUACUGCAAACAAUCUGAAGUCACUUUUGUGCUUCCGUACAAAAAAUUCCCAAUUUUCCAGUUUACGAAAUAUAGUAAAAACAAUAUAAAUAAUGACUUUAUUGAAAGAGAUUUUGACUGUGCUAAGAUAUUUAAUUUUACAAUGAAUGAACUGCAGCUAGUCAGGGUAGAGAAAAGAAAAAUAAACUCGGGUCAUAAAAGUGAUAUUACAAGUAAAACACGUGCAAAAAGUGAACUAUUUUUAGGUGAUAUCAGUACGAAUAUGAAAUACAGAAGGCAAUAUGUACCAACUCACUACCAGACGCCGCUCGUGAAGUCAAAGACGAAGGGAUGUCACGUGUGUCGUGUAAUUACUAACGCUACUCAUACGUCACCGCCGAGACUAGACAAACCUGCAUCUAUCGAAGUUGGCAUAUCUGGCGAAUGGGUCAGCCAGAGGUGUGAAACCCGACCAAAUGGUCAAUACCUGACAAGAUAUUUGUCGUUUCUAUCGAGCGGGAAGUCCUGGCAGGGCGUGUAUGAAUUCUUCAAAGAUCCUCUCUGCUCGCAGUCAACUUUCAAAAUAGAGGUCAAAGGAACAUAUGCCAAAGGUCAUAGGUCAGAUAUAAUAAAGUCUGCGUAUCAUUAUAUUUUCAAAACUUCGAGGUUAAAAGUAACGCCGCUGGACUUCCAUACAGUCAAUUAUUUGAAUAGUUACUAUGGAAACGAGUGUGGUAAUCCGGGUACGUGGAAGCUUGGCGUGACUCAAGAUGUCACGGACACAAACGGAUGUGCCACACUUGGCAUAACGUUACCCAAUGUGGAAUAUGAGUUAAUCAAAACAGAAUACAAGGGUAGGAAAAGUUUCAUGUUUGCAGGGCAAAGACCUAGUGACUACGUAUCCCUGGCAACGCCUAAAAACAGGCCGACCUCGUUCCAAAGUCCACUUGUUAAAUGUGGCGCCAAAAAUGACGUUUCAGACAACUCGAUACCAGUUUUUAAACAUUUAUCAGGUUACAGUACGGACGACCACGAAAUUGAAGCUAGUACGGGUACAGUUUUUAAACCAUCUAUUCUUUUGGUGGUUUUAAGCAUUUAUUUCUUUUGGUAAAUAUAUUAUAUUGUCGCCAGUAAAACAUUCAGUCCUCACAUUGUAUAUACAUGUAAUAUUUUGUGUGUGAAAUAAGCACGAUCAUAAUUUAAAAAUAGUCGAAAAUUUCUCAGUAUUAGUAAACGUUUAUAAUAUUAGUUAUAAUGAUUUUAUGACAUGUUAUAUGGCCUUACAUAAACGGUUGUUUACAUUAUAUAUAACCCGAGCCGUUUAUAUAUCGCCAAAUAAUCUGUCAAAACUCUAUAACGAAUUUAUAAUACUGCAAGCUUCUUUUAUAAGAGAAAAUAUGAAAAUGAUUUAUGAAUCGACUGCAACCGUCUAUAUUAAUUAUAUAAAAGUCACGACUAUCCAAUGGAAUCGACACGAGAAACUUGCAGUAUUAUAAGGCUAAAAUGUGUGUGCAUAAUUCAAGUCACUACUUAUAAUACCUUUUGCAUAGAAUGAUUUUAGCAUCAUCACGUCGUUUCGAUUAAAUAAUAAGUUGAACUUUAAAAAAAUUAUUUCCAAUGUAAGGCGCACUAAAAUAGCAUAAUAAGGUUGUUAUAAUAAGAAUUAUGAUACUUGAAAACAAAAUCAGACUUUAUCUUUAAAAGUAUUAUUCUUUAAAAGGCAAACCAUUUUCCUAGUAAAUACAUGUAAUUUAAAAUUAUCAGCACAGAUUCAAAAUAUCGUUUGCGAGCCUUUGUAACUUUGUAACAUUAUUCUAUUUUAGAGUUAAUACAUGCUCAUAACUGACAUAUGAGAUGUUGAAAUUAUAAUUUAACCGCCCUUCCCCUGCUAGAACCGGAAGUGAUCAGUCUCUGCCGCCAGCGAGUAUCGCACCUGGUCAGACUGCACCUCCAUGCAGUCUGACCAGGCUCCAUUCUGACAGUAGCUUUAUUCUUAAAGUCACUUCAACUACAGUAUAUAAAAAUUUAGUGCUUUCAUAUUGAUAGCAGUUUUAUAGACAGUGAAUUAAAUACACCAUAAUAGGACAAGCCAAUAAUCAUAAUUGCAACAGUCAACGUGAAUGUUAGAUUAACGGUCAACUUUCAUUCAAAAUUGAUUAAACUCUUGCACAGAUACAUUUCAUCUUAGAUUAAUAAAAUGGCUUUGUCGGUACGGAAAUAUACAAUUUGCACACUUCCCUUCACCGAGAGACAAACAUAAUUUUAUCAAUGUUAGAAACUUAUUUUCGAAGUAAGAUCUUUAUUUGGCACGUUUUGUUACAUGUACAAACGUACGAGUGUAGUUCAUCUUUGAGAAAACUCAUAUUUUUCCGGUAUUAGCCAAAAAUCAAAAUGUUCUUUUUUUUUCUUUUUCGACUUUCGUGUUCAUUGUACUUGUAAUCAUUUAGUGUUCAUAAAACAUUACUUUCAUUCAAUUUUCCAUUUUUAACCCCAUUUUAAUCCUUAUUUUUCAUUAUUUUAUAUCAACAUUAGUUGAUCAUCUUGUUAGGUGUGUAUAAUUAUGUUAAUCAUUUGUUUUUCUUUGUUUUCAUGGAAAUCCAAAAAGAGAUAAAUUUUAAACAUUUUAAGAUUUUAUUUUGUACUGGAGAUUAUUACACAGGGUAAUGCUGCAGAAUGUCAUUUUCAAUUGUUUUUGUUACAUGAGUAGAAAUAUCGUUUCAAACAUACCAUGAUUUUCUUUUAAGCUGGGAAUUAUAUAAACAUUUUGAGUUUCGUACACAUCUGUUUUGUAAUUUUCUGAAUACGGAUUUUGAACAUAUGAGGAAAGCACUGUCAUUUGAUAAAACUAUUAAAGGUAAAGCAAGUGGUACUUUGUCUUCCAAAAAAGUAUUUAAUCACUUUAACAACUUGAUUUAUGACCAAAUUUACCAAAACGACAAAAAUGGCUCAGCUUUAAGGCCAAUAGGUACCAUUUUCGAAACUGUAAAUUAAAUUCUUUUAAGAAAUGAAGAUUACAGCAUAUUAGAUCUUAAUGGGACUUUAAACAAAGUAUAAUAUUCAUCUUUAUAACCAUUGUGCAUUUACAUUUGUUCAUAAUUACUUUAAUUUGCUAUUCUACACUUUUUAAUAAACGUAGGCAGGUAUUCAUUUUGGCUUGGUUGAAAGAAGACGAUAAAGGUCUUCCAUACAUUUUCCCGCCCUUUUAAAAAAUAAUAUUAAUUGUUGCUCAAACACGCCCCAUUCAAUAAGCCAGUUAUGAAGUGCUUUUGAUGCAUUUCUUAUAUAAUACCUCUGAAGAUUAGACGAGAAUGUAUAUAUUUAUAGUACUCUUAUAUUAUAUUUGUACAUGUAUGUAUUUAUGUAAAUAAAUAUAUAAAAACUAAA